CGCAAACACGCCGCACCCUCACUACGACACCCGUGACAGGACGCCGGCCGCAGAGCAUCAAAAUCAUGUAUGACAGAAGAGAAGAGGUCGAGGCCCUUGGGGCCCACGAAGACCCUGACUUUGCCAAGCUCAUGGCCAGCAUCGCCGCCGGCACCGCCAACUCCAACGACCUGCGCACUAUGCUGCUCACGAUGCCCUUUAUCGACCUCAUCAAGCUGUGGCAAGCGCAGCCCCAAAUUCCCAACCUGCCCGACACGCCCACCGAGUUCACUCUCAAGACCACCAUGCGCGACGGCCACGUUGGCGAGGUUCGCGUGUACAAGCCUCGCACUACCACCACCGCCGAGCAACAAACGACCAAGAAGACCGCCCUCGUGGUCCUCAUCCACGGAGGCGGCUACCACAUCGGCCACUGGUCCCACUUCGCCACGCCGGCCCGCGCGCUCGCGCACCUCUACGGCGUGACCGUCUGCAGCGUCUCGUACCGCCUCGCGCCGCAGCAUCCGUUCCCCACGGCACCUCACGACGUGUGGGACUCGCUGAGCUGGCUGGUCAGCGACGCAGGGCUCGCCGCGCUCGGCGGCGACGUGGACCCGGCCGGAGAGGGAUUCGUGGUCGGCGGGGCGUCCGCGGGCUCCAACCUCGCCGCCGUCGUGACGCAGAAGAGUGCCCUGCUGUCGGCCGGGGUGGCGGCGGCCGGCGCCACCGCCGACGAAGGCAAGCUCGCGAGCCCCAUUACGGGCCUGUGGCUCUCGCUGCACGCCAUGUACGACGAGACCACCGUGCCCGACAAGUACCGCCACCUGUGGUUCUCGCGGGAGCAGAACGCCACGGCGGCCGUGAUCGACACCAAGGGGCACGACUACAUCCUCGCCUCGUACCAGUCCGACCCAAAGUCGCCCGACUACUGCCCCGGGUACGGACAGGGCGAGGCCGCGCCGGGCAAGAUGCCCCCGACGUAUUUCCAGGUCUGCGGCGGGGACCCGCUGCGCGACGACGGGCUCGUCUACGAGAAGGUGCUCGGCGACGCGGGCGUCAGGACCCGGCUGGACGUGUACCCGGGCGUGCCUCACGGGUUCGGCGAGCUGACGGACAUUCCGCUCGCUCUCAAGAGCCAGCGGGACACGCUCAGGGGCUUCGCUUGGCUCCUGGGCAAGGAAGAGCCUUCGGACGAGGAGUGUGUUGCUGCGCGGAAGACAGCCUUGGAGAUGGACAGUCCCUAGUCCGCAGACGCACGUGCUUGGACACGGGGACAUUGCUCGCACGGGAUCGCUGAUGUGGCAUUCUAGCCAUCAUUCGUGAGCGCGCACGCCAUAAGUUCACCACGUGUAUCAUAUUACCCUCAAAGUCUUACAUAGUUAUGUCUUGUGUUCAGUGUAGCCUACAGCCAGCCUUUGCUCAAAGAAAGACCAAUUUUUGUAACCG